AAAAAUCCCUCUAGCCUUCCGAGAAACAGCUUCGCGUAACAUUCGCCUCUCGGCAAUCAUUACGAAAUUAUAAAUUAUGUAUCGGCUUAAAACCUUUAUUUUUUAUUCUUUAUUACUUUUAAACGUAUGCUUAUCAAAACCAUUAGACUCAAAUCGACCUGAAGAUCCGUUCAAGACAAAGUUUGUGUCUGAAAAAGAGACUAGUGACGAACGUUUUGAGUCUGAAGAGGAGGACAUUUCCAUUGAAGAAUCUAAUGAAAUUGUGAGAAUUACCACAACACAUGCUCCACGUCUUCUAUAUCCUCCAACUCACCAAAACCUGCUCUACUCAAUAUUCCCGACGCUCCAAAAAGAGAAAGACUGGAGAAAGUACUGCCCGGCAAAUCAAUAUCAAUUCCAACUAACCUGUCGGCCAGGGAAGAAGCUUCGGUAUGAUCUUCAACUUUUCUGCCAGCAAUUCUCGGAUAUGUGUGGAGUUCCGAACAUUAAUUUGUACCCAAGUAGGUAUCAAAACGCAGACGACGAAGGACGACCAGCUGGUUAUGGUCAAAAACAGAAAAAUGGAAACUUUGGAAUUGGUAGAAGUUGGGCGUUUGGAUUAGGUGCCAUUCCGGGAAUGGAGGUCAGGACAAGUCAGGGAGCCGAUAUUGGUAAUGAGAAGUUGCCAUUCUUUGAUCAGAUUGGUGGUAUGAUGAUAAAUUAUGGAGGAGAAGUCGGAGUACUCGGAAAGCGCACCGGUAAGGGUCCAGCUCGCUCCAUGAACGCCCUGGCCCGAGGCUUCCCAUCUUUCGGCGUCGGGCCACCAAACAAGGCCGCCGAUCAGCAAUUCGGGGAAUCCGUGGCAAAAGCUCUUGGUGUUCCAUCUCUUAACAAUGUGUUCAAUAAGUUGGCCAAGAAUUCUAAGAACAAGAAGAUCUCAGGCUACGAGCCAGGAUAUGGAGCUGUAAAUCCACAUGGUCCAUUUGCUAUCGGAAAGACCGACUUGGAUGAUCUCAACCUGCCAGGAGGGUUCGGAGCUGUCGAGAUUCUCAGAGGAAGUGGAAUGGGAAUUGGAAAGAAAUAGUUUCAUUUUCAAAUGAAUGACAAGUACAAUAAUGUAUAUAUCUAUAACAUGACCUUAAUAAACUCAACAAAAACAUU